CUGUUGCGGAACUAUUUCUUGCUCAACGAGUUCGUCAACAAUGUUCAGCCUGACGCAAUACGCUAACGCUGUGGACGUUCUGGGCGACGACGGGAUGAUGCGCUACGGACGCGUGGUGGACGUGGCGGACAACGGGCUCUUGCUCGAUCUGCUCUAUCCCAACCGACGCCGCGAAUACGUUCCCUUCGACCGGCUUUUUUUGUCGCACGAGACGAGCGAAAUUGAUCCGUAUCGCCGGUUCCCCGUGGAAUUCGCCCAAUUUCCCGUGGAAGUGCUGGUGCCGGAGACGCCGCUGGGUCCGCUGAUCUGGCUUCCGGGAGAGGCCGUCAGUUUCGGACGCGGAAAGCCCGUGGAGGAGAUCGGAGGGGCCAUCGUCCAUUGGCGACGGAAGGACAGCGGAGUACGUUGCACCGAUUUCAUCCCUUUUCAGCGCAUCCGUUGGCCACUGGAGGAAGCACUGGAACUCGACCGCCACAUUCGUCCCGAAACAUUCGUCAAGCGAACGGUGCCGCUGGACGAUGAAUUCCGCUCGCUGUCCAGUGAAGAAGCAGAGGAGAUCAUCCAGCGGCUGAAUGACAGCGAAACCCGAUCAGACAUUCCCUUUCCGUGUAUAGUGGACGUCGUGGAACUCGUGAACGGCCGUUUGGGCUACGUCUACCAGCAGGGUUAUCGGGAAGUGGACGGCGUUUAUGAUCCUCGAGACGGGCGUGUUCUGGCGGUCCGCGCCAAUCUCGAAGCGGAGUUAAUUCGGCUGUCCAAGCUGCUGGACGAGUUCCCGGCCCGGCCCGACGAGACGCCGCUGACGGACAAAGACUGGCAGGAAGUGCUGUCGCACUUGGGGACGGGAGCCCAAAUGGCGCUGCGGGCGGUCUGCACCGCGUGGAACACGCUGAUGGACACCCCGGCGCUGUGCGAGCGGAUUCUGACGGGCGUCGAUGCGGACGCGCCUACGCGGAACAGCGAUUACGUCCGCCUGGCGACGGUGUACCACCGCUUGCAGCCGAACACGCAGCACGUGGUGGCGCAGUCUCCCCACGGAAACCCGCGGGGCAUCGCUGCCACGAUGAUCGUGUGCGACAUGAUCCGCUACGUCGCGCAGCAGCGCCCCGGCAUCCGCCUGCGCAGUCUGCAGCUGCGGCGUUUCCCGCUGGCGCUGCAGAUCAACGGCGUCACCGGCCACUCGGCCGACAGCGAAUGCGCCCUACACCAACCGGAUCCGGCAGCGCUGCAGGCGGCCGGGGAGCUCCUCUCGUAUCAGCUGGAAGACUUCGUUGCAGCCUGCGGGCGUCUGCCGUGCGAGACGGUUAUCCUGGUUGACUGCACUGUCCAGCUGCUCUGCUACUGCUUUUCACGCCAGUCGGCCCGUUGGAAAUGGAGACUCGUCCGUGUGGACAUCCACAUUCCCACAGCGCGACUGCCGAUUGGUCCGGAUUUCCGCUGCGCUUGGUGGAAUGCGUUGGAGGCGGCGCUGCCGGCGACCAGUGGGCAGGAAGUGGAGUUCUUGGACCUGCUGCAGUAUUCCGAAUGUGAUAAAGACGUCCAGCUCCGGAAAGUCGUCUGCACGAUGUUGUGCGCGCUGCAGUCGGAUGAUCCGCGUCCGACGUCGCAUUUUCGCGGGAAGAAGUGGUGCGUGGACGGUCUGGAACUGGCAGACGUGCAUCUGGAAGAUCUGUCGCGUAUCAGCCGGCACUUUCUCGCCCAACUACAGCGGGAUACGGCCUAG